AUGCGCCAGUCUCGUAAGUCAGAACUUUCAACCAUUCACUCCAACAGAUUUCAAGUUAAUGAGACCCAACUACUGAAUGAUCACAGAGUAUUUAUUACAUCUAAUGACGCGAGUGAAAAGUUGAUCCUGUUGCUUGCAUUUGAGCACGGUAUCAUGUUGCUUACAACAUCUCCAUCGCCUGCUCCUGAUGGUGAUGACGAGCAGAGGAGAACCACACCUAAUAGAGUCAUGAGGAGGUGUGGCCAUCGAUGGGACGUCAAACGCGUAAUAACAUUACCGGAACUGCAGAGUGUAUUGUCACAUUGGUUGAAGCCAUCGGGACAUUUGGAGCAGGCCGCACCUUUUGUAUACAGGGGUAGUUCCUUGUAA